AUGGAAUUUGCAAGAGCCAUGGCCUGCCUAGGAAAGUUGAAUUCCCCGGAAAUGCGGCGGGCGAGGAGCGCCGAGUUGGCUGAAAUGGCCACAAUAAAAGGAAAAACAAUUUCUGAAUUGGAGAGGGAAAUUGCAGAAACACAAGAAGAACUCACAAAGAGCAAGGCGGACAGACGACGAGUGCAGCAGGAGUUGCGUCAGGUUGCCUCCAAUGCAAUGGAGGGCACAGCCUCUCAAGCAGAUCUGCUGUUUCUGAAGCACGAUGUGCAGCUGGCAGACGAAAAAAUCACAAUUUUCCUUGAUAAGCUGCAGCGGUUGGACGUUCAACUCGCGCGCCUCCGCAGCCAGGAAGAGAAAGAAGAAAGUGGCACGAACAGAGAGCUGCAGGAAGAAGAGAUGAUAAACGAAGAAGAAAGAGAAACGAGAGCGAAGAAAAGCAGCACAAGAGGCCGCCCUAAACCACAAAAGAGCAGAGCAACGCCGUCAAAAGCAAGGAAACCAAAGAGCAGACAAACCCCAACGCCGAAGAAACGAGCGAGCACCGCAGACAAGAGAAACAAAAAUAAACCCAGGUUCACAGAGACCGAAAUAGCAGAAGGCCAGCAGCAAGCCUCCACCCCCGAACAAUUGAAGCAGCAAAUGGAAUUCCAAUACCACCUGCAGCAGAUGCACUUAGAGAUGCAGCGGCUGCAGCAGCUAGAAAGAGACGAAAAAAUCAAAGAAAUUCCCCCUCAACGGCAGGGUAGCUGGAGAACGAGACACCGAAGAGGGGCAGAAACAACUGUAUAA